AUGGCUUGGAGGAGGGAAAGGCAGGCACUGAAGGAAAAUCCUCAUUUGGUUUAUCAUCCGCAGCGAAAAAAAUUAUCGAAAAUCCUGAUGAAAGCCGACCAAUCAAAUCUGGCGUUUGAUACAGCACCCAGUACUCCGGCGAGUAAUGGGCGAGCUACACCGAUCACAUUCGCCUCUCCAAAUCCAACCAAAUUGACAUUAACCGGAGCAGCUCCAGGAACGGUCAUACUAACCCCAGCAGUGAACUUGCGAACACCAGCGCAAAAUACAUCACAGACACAGGAAGAACCGACAUAUCACGGAAAACAAAUAAAUUCUUGUCGCGCCGAUAAUCGCAUUGGAAAAGCAUUUCACUUCUAUGGGCCUUUUUCGAGUUCUGUCUUUGUGGAACUCCCUCAUUCGUUAUUUGUUUCACAGAAGCUCUUACCGGAGGAGUGUUGCGCUUUUCACGAAGUGGGACUGGAAAAGAACGAUUCUUCAGCUUGCUUUUUAAGCAGCUCUUUUUGGAAGCCCUGA